ACAGAGAUGCAGACAGAAAUUAUGUGAGUGGGGGAGAGAGAAAGAAAGAGGGGGAGGAAAGGAGAGAGAGAGAAGGUAGGUCCUUUGCCUGCAGUCAGUGCAUGUUGCCGUCCUGCUUACUCUGAAGUCAGCUCAUUUCCCUGAAGAGAGAAAUGACUCAGUGCACAGGAAAUAUCCACUCAACUGACGUUAGGGUGAUGUUUUUUCAUGCUUUGUUGUUUUGUGGUUUUGGAUGUCCUCAGCACACUAUUCAAAGGCCUCAUCCCCUGACCCAGUUCAGAUUUCAAAGCCUCAUUGAAAACACAGGGUCAACUCUGCCAGUCACUCUCCUGGUCCAAAUUAGGCUCAGUGCCUUGCUCAAGGAUACUUCAACAAGACUGAUGUAGGCUGACAGGAGAGUUUGAACUCAAUCGUCUUGUCCUCACCACUCCACUCCCCCAGCUGUUGAUAAAGUUACACAAUAGAUGGUCCGCCACAUGUGAGCCUCAUGCAGCCACCCCAUAAAAGCCUCCCAAUACUCUAUUGCUGAAGAUAAGUCUUGGCACCAGAAUUAGAGAGGCUGCCUGAAACCGCUUCAGGCUGCUUCUCUCAGAUAAAUGCCCAGUGUAUGGCCAGGAUGUCUGUCGCACCACUGUUGUUGUCCUUGGGCAAAUUUGGCCAGACCAAAGUAGCCAAACUGAAAUCCAGCUACAGGCUACUCCAUGAUACUCUGAAGAGUACCCAGGAUUCUGAAAUCCAGCUUUUGGGAGAAGCAAAGAGGUGUCGUGCUGAGUUGAAGAGGCUGCAGGCCGCAGUGGAGAGAACAGAGGAGCAGAGCACCUCUGAGGACCCUGAAAGUGAGGUCACUGAACUGAGGCAACAGCUCCUCCAGGCAUACAAUGAACUGAAAGCUGCUGAGGACAGAGAGUACAAGACACAGCACCAAAUGAAAUGUCUCUGGGAAGAGAAGCAGUAUCUGGAGAAAGAGAAUGAGAUUCAGCCGAAACCUGCUGAGCUGGAGAGCAGAACAAAGGCCCUGCAGGACAAGUAUGAGGAUCUGAGGAAAGAGGUUGCCCAGAGACAACUGGAAGUCAGAAGUCUGAAGGAAGAUGUGGAAACCCAUGAAAUGCAGAUAUUGAAAGAACAGAAAGAGCUGGAAGACAAGAAGGAGGUCAUAGAGCUCAAAGAGGCAGAGAAAGCCCGGCUCAUCAGCAUACCUGACCAGAUUUUAAAGGAGAUCGAAAGGAAACGCUCUAAGAGGGAAGCUGCAAUGAAGAAGAUUGAAGCACUAAAUACAGAGAUUUCAGAAAUGAAGCAGCAAGUGAAGGAGGUGGAGCAGCGUAACCACUCCCUCAGGUCGAAGAAGAAGGAGUUGAAUGAGGAGUUGGAGGCUCUCCGGGCCCAAGUAGAGGCCAGUCAGAGGGAGUGCAGUCAGCUUCUAAAAGAGCAGGAAGUCAACAGGGCGGAGGAGGCUGAAUUCACAGGGAACAGAGGCAUCCUGGAAAUGAAGUUGCAGAAUAUCAUGUGUGACAGAAAGCACCUGUCUGAGAGCCAAUCUGCGCAGCUCAGGGAGAAAAAUAGGCAGAUGCAAGCCCUCAAGAGGAUGGAGCAUGCAUUGACCACAGCCACUGAGCAGCUAGAACACAUGGAAUCUAUCUACAAUGAGUUACAGGCACAGUUAGAUGCUGUUCCCAAAAGAGAGGCCAGUACUCAGCAGAGGAUGGAGCUUCAGAAAGAGGUGGAUGCUCUCAAAGUCAACUUUGAAAAACAGCUAUCAGCAGCUGAAGAGGAGAGCCAGAAGAAGCAGCAGUAUGGGAUGAUCCAGGGGCUGCUGAGGGAGUCAAACUGCCUCAGAGAAGAACUCCAUAACCUCAGAUGUCUGACACAGAUCAAAGCCGAGGAGAGGGGCCAGAAGCACCGUGAACUGCUUAGGGCUGAGCAGCUGAACCAGCACAUCCAGCAGGAGCUGCGAGAAAAAGACCUGAUCAUCAUGGACCACAACAAGCUGAAUACUAUGCUACAGCGCAGAGUAUCACAGUAUUGUAAGCUGUGCCACAUGAUUAUGGAAGAGAAGAAUAAGUACGUCAAGCUGAAGCAGUUCGCCUCGCAGACAAUCACAGAGUUGACGGAGCAGGUUAAGGUGCAGGAAAAUGAGACAGAGAUCCAACGUACCAUUGUCAUCAACAAGGACAGAUCACUCGCAAAGGCUCGUAUGAAGAUCUCUAAUAGCUCUAAAAUGAGAGACAAACUGCACAAUGACAUCUCCAAGGUUGCCUGGAAGCACCGUCAGAUCAAUCAGGAGUGUGAGGACGACACACUGGAGUUUAUGAAACUCACACAAAUGAUCAACCUCCAGGAGCAGACACUUCUGGAAAUAAAUAAGAGUCAUGAAACGGCCAUACAGCGCCGCAAUUUUCUUGGCAUUCAGCUCCUGGAGCAUGAGGAGGUGUUAUUCAACUGCUAUGAAAAGGUGAACAUCCAGGAGGCAGCCAUUACUAAGGGCAACAUAGCGCUGGAGACCCUGGAGAAGGAGAUGAGAGACUUACAGUUAGCGAUUCAUGAGGAGAAGAGACUGAUAGACCUGAAGAAGAAUGAGGUGCCCCUCAAGAAAAAGUUGGAAGGCGAGAUCACCACGCUGCAGAUAGAGUUGUCAGAAGCCAGGGACAAGACACUUGAAGGUCUGAAUCGAACAGUCGAUUACAAAGAGCUGAAAGGUGAAGACCCCUCAACUGUAGAACUGGUCAAGAAGAUUGAGCAGCUGGAGGCGAAUCUAGCAGAGCGCGAGAGGCAGGUGCUGGAAAAAGAACUCCUCGUGGACCAGGUGACCCGGCUCUGGAAGCCACUCAGCGAGCAGGCAGAGAACUGCCAACAGGACAGACUCUCACUGGCAAAGAAGUUAAACAAGCUCCGAACUCACAUAAUCGACACCAACCACCGUAUGAUGGCCGUUUCUGCAGAACUUUCCAUGAAGCAGGCUGCUGCUUUGUCUCUCCAACAAGAGAUCAAAGAGAAACAGCUCCAGAUGGACAGGUGCCAGCAGCAGCUGGAACAGGGCCUGCCACCAUGCCCUGAGAUAGAGGAGGAGUGGAGGAGGAUGCUCCGAGACAAGAAGAGGAGACAGAGGGACAAAGAGGAGAGAAAGAAGCUGGCUGAAGAAGAGGAGUGGAGACAGUUGCCUAAUGGAGAGUACACCACAGCUGAAACCCGUCCCGACGCGUACAUCCCCCAGACCGGCCUGCUCCCUCUGCCCAAACCCUACGGAGCCCAGGCCCCCUUCAAACCCUCCCAACUAGGAGCCAACAUGAGACACAUCCGCAAACCAACGCUCAAACCCUUAGAGCUAUAGAAAUCAACACACAUUUAUAUUUAUAUAUUCAUAAACUUGUGGGUGUUGGUUUGGGCUUAUUUUUAAUCCCCACAGUUCACAUCAGUGUCCAGAAACAAUUCAUCUCCACUCAAAUGUAAAAGCAAAUGAGCAUUUUAAUUUCUAAAAAUAUUUUCCAGCGCAUGUCAGUGAUUUGGCUCAUUUCUAUUACACACUUAUUGAUCUAUCUGCUCUCCACACACAUCUCAGUGCCGCUCCUUCCUCCUCCUCUGCUUCUUGUGUAUGUUUGUGUACUCACUGUCCAGCAUACCAGUGCUGUUUUGUCAUGUGAGAGCGUACUUGUGGGCUGCAUCUGGUUGUAAUUUUCUUUCCUUUUUUUAAAUUUACUGGCAAGAGCUUGUUUACACUCUUUCUUGCAGUAACACUAUAAAAGAGUGGAAGGGAAGACAUUUGAGAAAAUUUGUGAUUUAUUGUUACAUCAUGUCCACCAAUGAAGUUUUGUAUUCAUUUCUGUACUUAGCAACACAUCAUUAUCGACUUACUACCUUUCUCUUAAAAGAUCAAUUAAUUUCUAAGGGGCGCAGGAAUAUUUCUACAUAUUCUUCAGUCUUGUUGCCGUUUCAUCCCCCGCAUUUGUAAUCUUGCAGCCGAUGAAUAAAUUGCGAUGGGUUUAAGCUCUAAGCUAGGCUAAGAGUGGCUACUUAAUGCCUGAAAUGAUGAAUGUAAAUAUAGAGAGGAAGAUCAGGCAAUGAAAGAGCACAGAGAAUGACAAGAGAGAGGAGAAUUUAAAUGAAGAGGAACGAGAGAUGGCAGUUGGAAAAGGUGGCAGAGGACAGUCAAAGGAAAAAAUAAAAGCUCUAAAUGGGGGUGGAGAAUUCAGAGUAGGUUACUACUGACAAAAAAAAUAAAGUCACCUUUGAAGCUUCUAAAAACUUUCUGGAUGUCGUUCUAUCAGCUGAUCUUAGCUUGAAUAGUUAAGUAGUUUUGGUGUUAGUAUGUUUUGCAGCUUGUAAGCAUGUGUGUGUUUGUACAGAGCCCCCUCACGGUCACGGCAAGAAUGUUUUUAAAGGCUACUUUUGCGUUACCUCACAAUAUGUCUAUUUGGAAUGGAAGGUAGUGUGGAGAUUCUUUAGAAGUUAAUGCAUUUAGCAUUGUUUAUGGACACUAUAUGAUGUCCAUUGCAAAGAAG